AUGUUCUUUUACACAAAAGACCUCGUGACAUCGGACAAUGUUAAAUCAGAAAUAACCGAGUACUGGAGAGGGACGUCUCAUAAUGUGACUUUUGCUAAUGUGUUCAAUGUGUCAAUUGAAAUAGAAACAUUAGAUGUUGGAGUAAAACGAGAAGAACAAACUGAGUAUGUAAAUGCCAGAUCAAGUUCGCAAUUUGUCCCACCUUCUUCGAUACCAACUACCGUCCAACCAACGACUGUGCCAACUACAAGUACUUUACAGAAUGAAACUACUACGACAGAAAGCAGCAUCUAUUCUACGCCUAUUGAAACAAUAACCACUCAGGCUGACACUACAGCAAGCGAUACGUCAACUGCUCAACCCACUGCAACAACAGUAAAUACACCACCAACAACUUUAGAAGGAGAUACUUCAUCAUUUCCUUCUUCAACAGUAACAACAGUUUUUGCUCAAACAACAAUUUCAGAAAGCGAAACAACAGAAAGCAGUUCACUUACUUCCUCGACGAUAUCAACAGCUAUGGCUACAGAGGAUGAUACUUCAGAGAGCAGUACUUCCACUGCUUCACUCACUACAACAACAGUUAUCUCUUCAUCUGAUUCAACUCAUCAGAGCGAUAGCACUUAUGCAGUCACUCAAACUUCUACAACGACAUCUCCUCAAAGUACGUCGACAUCUUCUACCAACUCUCCUUCAAGCAAUACCAACAAUUUCAUUGAUUCAUCCACAGUAACAGGUACAAGUGGUCCCUUCACAAGCACAACAUUUGAUACCCAAGGCACAGAGUCUUCUACCGAAAGUCCAAACGAAACAUCAGAUGUAACAUCAGACCUUCCAGAUUCCACCACUUCCAUUAUAGAGGUUACGGAUACAGUUUAUACCUCUUCUUCAACUUCCAGACAUACGACAUAG